CUGAAUCCAAUAUUCCAUCGCGUAACCGACGUCUUUCAGGUGGUGGUGGUGCAAACUUCAAGAUCAGUAUAUAAGUUGGCCGAAACGCUGUUUUCUACAUCAUUCAUUAACACUUUUACAACCAUGAGGACCUUCCAGAUUUGUACACUGGUCUUGGCCAUCGUCGGCAGCAUCUCUUGCGAGGAUGUUAAGAAGGGCAAACGCGGACUCAUCGAUUUGGGAUACGGAUACAGUGGAUCCGUAUUGAACGGUGGUAUUCUCGGAAGCGGGCAUGGAUUGGGACACGGUUUGGGAUACGGUGUAGGACAUGGAUUAGGCGGCGGAUAUGGUUUAGGACACGGAUUAGGCGGUGGAUAUGGUUUAGGACACGGAUUAGGCGGUGGAUACGGUAUCGCCGGAGCCGGAUUAGGUUUGGGUGGCGCCGGAUUAGGUCUCGGAGGUGCCGGAUUAGGUUUAGGAGGUGCCGGUUUGGGACUUGGAGGCGGCAGAAGUACUUCUUCAGUAACCACCAUCAACCGUGCCGUCCCAGUACCAGUACCACAACCCUACCCAGUUACUGUAAACCGUCCGGUUGCUGUCCCUGUACCAGUACGUGUACCAGUCGAUGUACCACGUCCAGUGCGCGUUGAGGUACCACAACCGUACCCAGUCUCCGUACCCAGACCAUACCCAGUCACCGUUACCCGCACUGUACCAGUCCCAGUUGCCACACCUGUUGCUGUACCAGUAGCCCGACCAGUACCAGUCUCUGUCCCGCACCCAGUUCCAGUCACCAUCAACCAAGCCGUCCCAGUCAGGGUACCAUCCCCAGUCAUCGUCCCUGAACCAGUUGUCGUCGGCGUUGGCGGUGGAUUCGGAGGAGUUGGUUUGGACGGAGGAUUCGGAGGUCUUGGAGGUCUCGGAGGAGCCGGUCUUGGCGGUGCUGGUCUUGGACACGGAAUCGGUCUUGGAGGUGCUGGUCUUGGACACGGAAUUGGUCUUGGAGGUGCUGGUCUUGGACACGGAAUCGGUUUGGGUGGAGUCGCCGUCGGCCAUGGCUUUGGAGGAGCUGAAUUAGGCCACGGAGUAGGUCUUGGAGGAUUGGAACAUGGUAUCAGCCUAGGACAUGGACACGGAGGUAGCUUGUCCCUGGGCCACAAAUCCUGGUAAAAAUUGAACCAUUUAGUCUGUGACGCAUCGUGUGCAAUAUUUAAUAAGUUCUAGUUUAGACGUCCUUGUAUAAAAUA